AUGUCUGAAGACUUCAGGCAAGGUGGCGAACCGCGUGGCGCCAAGCGCAAGCGCGAACCUACCGGUGCUAGAAGACGUACAUCCCUUGCAUGUGAUAUCUGCCGAAAGCAAAAAGAGAAAUGUGAAGGUGGUCAACCGUGCUGGAGAUGUCAGCGAUUGGAUCGACAAUGCCAGUUUACAUCCCAGCCGGCUCCUCAAAAGCUCAGUCUUUCACUACAAGAAGAUGCCAAUUCACCAACCUCCCAACCCUCUAAUCAAUAUCUACAGAAUUUGGAACACAUUGUACGACAUUUCCUUGGGGACGUGUCUCUGGAUGAAGAGAACAUUGCACGAAUUGCAGCAAAGUGCACGUCCGAAAAUCAGGAAAUGGAGACAUCGGAGGAAGUGGAUGAAUCACACCACGUGCAUUUUGUGUCCAUCUAUUCGGGCGAGUUCUCGCACUGGAACUUCUCUGAGAAGUUGCGUCGCACAAUGAGAUGUCGAGAAACAUCCGAUGCAAGUAUCAAAGAAUACUGGCGAGCCACACAUCUCCAAUCAUCCACCCAUACCGUUGCCGAAGCAAUAACCCAUUUGCCGCCACGAUCGAUCGCCGAAUUCCUGGUUGAUGUAUUCUUCAAGUACACCGAAGUAAAUUGCUUCUACGUUGAGAAAGAAUGGAUGCAAGAAAAGCUUCAACUAUGCUACAAUUCUUUGACAGACUUGACAGCCGCUGAUAUCCCUUGGGUUUGUUCGGUCUUUGCCGUGUUGGCAAUCGGUACACAAUUUACGCAUAUGGAAGAAGACAGAUCAAACCCUGAUUCCAGUCUUUCGGAAGAAAUUGCUUUUUGCUCAGAGGAUUCUGUUGGACUUGGCUUCUUCCAUGUGGCAUGCAAGCUGGGUCACGAUGUAAUCCUAGCAGCCUCAUAUGAAAGUGUGCAAGCAUUCCUCCUUCUCGCGGUAUAUGCUCUGCCAGUCUCAUGCGGUGGGCUGUCGUAUACGUAUUUUGGGCUUGCUAUGAAGAUGGCAAUUCAGAAUGGCAUGCAUAGAAAGCGGACUGCCAUCAUGCAUGGGCGACCAAAUUCUAUUGCACGGUCCGAGAUCAGUACCGAUUUGCCAACGAAUUGUCCGACAUUUGACUCGCCAAAUUUCUCCAACAUGAUGAGUUUCAUUGAUUUGGUCUCUUGGACGGGGGAGGUAGCCGACACAUUGGCAAAAUUUAAACGAUGUCCAAAGAGAUUGCUUCCAGAAUAUUCAGGUCGGCUUAUGCAGUUAAGAACUAAAAUUCGACAAUGGUGGGGCUCUCGCUCAAUCAAUGUUCAGAGUCAAAAUACUGCUGUGCAGGGACGUUUAUUCCGACAAGAUUGCCAUAUGAAGUUAUGCUACCUUCUUAUCUACGUGUAUAUGGGCCGGCCAUUUAUCUUCAAUGCUCGAAGGAAAAAGGAUCUGCCAGAGAAUCUAACUGUCGAGAGAGCCCAACGAUCGGAACUAGUGAAUGACUGUGUGCAAAGCGCCUUGGAGAUCAUCGAAGUAUUGCAGACCCUUGCAGAUGAUUUCGGCUUAUGCCGUGCCUCUUACACCGAGUUUAGCUCAUGUAGAGCAGCUCUCCUUGUGAUACUUGCCGAAAGUCUUAACACAGGAAGAAGUGCAAAGCUGCAGGAGGUUUUGAAUCGCGGCAUGACCCUCAUUCAUCAAAUGACUGGUGGGACAUCUACACAAUCUGAAAUAUCUUACAUCGAGUCAAUCGAAGCAGCGAUCCGUCAGUGGUCGUCAAAUGGCGAGUUCGAUGACCAAGAUACAAGCACAGGGCAAAGCUCUACAUCCGCUUACGCAACUUUUAAGGACUGGACACAGUCGAUGAAGAAGAACAAUAGUAUUGGUAGCCGGGUGGAAUUAUCUUCAUUCAGUCCUAUGUCACACCUGACAUCCAGUGCUGAAAGUGCAUUCAAUCCAGAUAUCAAUGACUUGACGGAUUUUCUUACUGAAGACUGGGUAACAAGCGACUUGGGUUUGGAUCCAGAAGUUUUCCUGAUAUCCUAG